AACUCGUCUUCAUGGAAUGUCAAAAUGGCCGCCCACGGAGGAUGAAGAUGUGUUUGUUUAUUAUUAUUUUAUGAGCUAAUGUGGUACACACGGAGUACCAAAUUUAUUGGGACAUAAUGUCUUCCGACAGCGAACCUGAUGAGUUUUUCGAUGCGCCAGAUGCUACGCCAUACCAAUCUUUUCAAACCGAUACACCACAAAAUAUUACUACAGAUGAAGUGCAGGCCACAUUAUCUGAAAUUGAAGAGGAGGAGAAAAGGCUCUUGGACCUGAAGAAGGCUGCAGAAGAAAGACGCCGCCGUGAAGAUGAAGCACUGCAGGCUCGACUACAUGAGCUGCAGAGGAAGAAGGAGGAAGAGGAAAAGAAGAGCGCUAUCCAGAAACAAAAAGUUAUGGAAGCUGAAAUGCGCCGACGAAAACUGGAGGAGAUGCGUGAAAUGAUAGGUGUGGAAAGUACUCCUGGAAAAUCUUCCCAGGAUUCCUCACAAGAAGAGGAAGCUGUGGAUGAAAACGAGGACAGCCCUGUGAAGAGCAAUAAGGGUUCACCUACGUCCAAGAAAUCGAACACUAUUGAAAAAAUGGAGAACAGUUCAGAAGAGAAAUCCACCAUGCUUGUUCAUAGCAGACGUCAACGUUCAGGAUCGUGGGGAGACUUACCGAAGGACACAUCUGUGUUGGUGAUUCAGAGAGAACAGUCUGAAUCGAAACUUACCACCCUUCAACAAAAUAUAAAUGUGUUUCACCCUGUGAAGGAAACAUGUGUGAAAAUGCUAGAUUCGGAUCUCAGUGAUGAUAAUAAUUCCUGUGAGAUUGAGACAUUGCAAGUGGUGGAUGAUGUGAUAAAGGACAGUCAGUUGUCUGGGGAUGAACCUGAUAUCAUUAAAAGCACUAAAACAAGAACCCCACCAAAUACAUUGUCUCAGCCAGUGGCGUCACCUAGGAGGAAGAAAUCGGGCAGACCUGAUAGCAGCACAAGUGGGUCAUCAGGUGCUAACAGUCUAGAGUUACCCGCCCCUGCCAACGUCACAGGUCGUGCCUCACAAGAUGAACAGUCUCUAGACCUACGUCAUAUGAUCAGAGACAAGGGUGCACGGCACAUUUUGGCUGAGGAUGCAGAGCUGGAUGCGGUGAAGUCAGAUGUGGAAAUGCCUGAUGAUGUGCCGGUGUUUUCCAUCCAUGAAGCCACAGAUGAGGAAAUGUUCGGGGACAGUGACGAUGAAAACAAAGGCAAGAAGAAGAAAACUGACCGAGUCAGACGUCAGAAGUUAUCAGAAAGUAAGAAAGAUAGUCAAAGAGAUCACCCAUCCUCUCCGGAACAGCCAACAGGAGGCAGACCUCGUUCUUCCUCGGGCACGCCUCUCACUGAUGAUGAAAUCCUGGCACUGGUGAUGGUGAAGAAUCUCGACACAGGGGAGACAAUCCCGCUCAACCAAGCUGAGGAACACCUACCUAAAUGUCUGAAUCCCCUUGACCUUCAUAUAGUCCAAAGAACCAAAGAAUUCAGCACUGAUGGCCACAACGCAGGCACACAGUCCGAUGAGGAUGACAGGCUGUCCCAGGUCGGCUCGGUUGCACAGCUUGGGCAGGGAGCUAGGAGGAAAACGAAGAAGCUGAGGCGGCUGUUUGGAAAGACCAUCAGUAAAGUGAAGUCUGCUGCAGAUCAUGCUUUGUACGGUGAUGAAGCUGGUAUUGAAGCAGACUUCCCUUCAGAUGAUCAGAUCUUUAAGAUCAAGGCAUCCAGAAGCAACAAAGGACCAUUUGACUUCUCCCAGCCGCGUGUGAUGCAGGACCUCAGUGGAGAGCACAGUGGUGCUAUAUGGACCAUGAAGUUCUCUCCAUGUGGAAGAUUGUUGGCAACUGGAGGCCAGGACUGUGUGCUAAGAAUCUGGGUGUUAAGAAGUGCCUACAGUUACUUUGACGAUAUACGACAGCGGUAUAGUGAUGCCAACAUCACACCAGCUCACUCACAGGAGAGUCUCAACACGCUGGGAUCAGAAGCAUCAUCGUUGGGACCAGGGGUAGUCAACCUACCAUCCAGACGACGAUACGAGGAACACGGACCCUUCUCAAAGAAGCCUUUCUGUACAUAUAGGGGCCACAGUGCUGACCUGCUCGAUGUGUCAUGGUCAAAGAAUUACUUUAUCUUGUCCUCCUCAAUGGACAAGACAGUACGACUAUGGCACAUCUCACGAAGGGAAUGCCUGUGUACCUUCCAACACAUAGACUUUGUCACAGCUAUUGUGUUUCAUCCCAGGGAUGACCGUUAUUUCUUGAGCGGAUCACUCGAUGGCAAGCUAUAGAUCGGGAACAUUCCUGACAAGAAGGUAACACUGUAUUCCAUGAAGUAUCUUGAGCGGAUCCUGGAUGGCAAUCUCAUCACCACCGCCAACUUCUGUCAGAGCGGCAAAUAUGCAGUGGUGGGGACAUAUGCAGUGGUGGGGACAUACGACGGGAAGUGUAUCUUCUACACCACAGAGCAACUGAAGUACUUCACACAGAUCCAUGUACGGUCAACAAGAGGCCGCAACGCCCGAGGUCACAAGGUCACAGGCAUAGAGCCGGUGCCAGGGGAAUCCAAGAUGCUGGUGACAUCAAAUGAUUCCCGUAUCCGGCUGUACGAUCUGGUCGACCUGACUCUGUCUAUCAAGUACAAGGGAGGGACCAACACUUCCAGUCAGAUCAAGGCUGGCUUCAGUCCGAGUGGCAAGCACAUCAUCUGUGGGUCUGAGGAUCACUUCAUCUAUGUGUGGAAGACACACCAUGAGUUCAAGUUCUCCUCAGCCAGGAGAGAUCGGAGUGACUACUGGGAAGCCAUCAAAGUUCACAAUGCUGUAGUGACAGCUGCCAUAUUUGCACCCAAUCCGUCCCACUUUUUCAAGAAGAAGCAACUAGAGGGAGCCGAGAAAAGCCAAGAAUCUGAAGAACAAAGGGAGAUAAUCGUGUCAGCUGAUUUUACUGGAGCCAUCAAGAUUAUGACCAACUCGCCAUGUUUGUGAUACUUGAAUGUAUUCCUACCUUUAGUCAACAUUGAGCAAUAAACAAGACAUUGCAUCACCAGUGUGACCUAUGGUGUAUUGAAAGAUGUAGAAGAUGUGUGUCAAGGGUGCAGUAUUCCUGUACAGUCUACAGAUUCAGCCUGCUUGAGUUCAUGGUGACAGGAUUAGCUCCAGGAGUCACAGCAAAGCUUUACUGAUGUGGUUGGAAGAAUGUUUCAGAAGCAGAACUUGACAACACUGGUGACAGUUUGUUGUAUUGAAAGAUGUAGAAGAUGUGUGUCCAGGGUGCAGUAUUCCUGUACAGUCUACAGAUUCAGCCUGCUUGAGUUCAUGGUGACAGGAUUAGCUCCAGGAGUCACAGCAAAGCUUUACUGAUGUGGUUGGAAGAAUGUUUCAGAAACAGAACUUGACAACACUGGUGACAGUUUGUUGGUAACCUUGAUACCAGUUCCAAAAUGGCGUGUGAUCUUUCAACUUAUGUUUCUUUCUGUAGAGAUUCUUGUUAUCACUCAUACAGACAGAUGAGACCAGGGUGAGGGGUAGCAUUGUGGUAGAGGUGGUCAUCCUGCACAGACAACCCGAGUUUGAUCCUCUAUGUUGUGUUGCUAGCAAUCUCACAGUUACAAGUGACGUAAAUCCACUGAUGAACUGACAAUCCUCGGAUAGGGUUUUGCCUAAGUAGGGGUCUCACUGGGCCAGAACUGUGUUCACACAGAAUGUUCAUAUGUAUUUUGACCACAUCUGAAUGUUGCCAGUAGACUUCUGUGUCAGACAGAUCAGUUGUAUCACACAAUCUUGUGUGAAUUAACCCUGAGUCAUGUCAUUACUAGAUGUCGAAACAUGGAUCUUUGUCUUCGAAAUAUGCAACUCAUUGGUUCUUCACCAUCCAAAAGUCUACAUGUUCGGACAACAGCAAUACUAUUAGAAACCAGUCUUUUACGCUGAUACGAUACCUCUGAAGAUCUGAUGAUACUCCAUAUAAGGUUAUGUACCCUGUUGGGGCUACUUAGCCUCAGUGAAGGAUGUUCCUGAACCAGAAAUAAAUGUUUUGAUAGUUUGGCUUCCUUCUUUGAAUGGGAAAUUUUGAUAUUAUUAAAGUAAAGAUCACAAAUAAUUAUUAGCUUGAUCUCCUGUUUUCAGGGGUGAUGGGUAGCCAAGUGGUUAAAGCGUUCACUCGUCAUGCUGAAGACCAGGGUUCGAUUCCCCACAUGGGUACUAUGUGUGAAGCCCAUUUCUGGUGUCCCCCGCCGUGAUAUUGAUGGAAUAUUGCUAAACAUGACAUGAAGCUAAACUCACUCACUUCUGUUUUGAGUUGAGUUGCCAUGAUGCCCCAAACAACCAAGUGUAUUCAACAAUCGCAACUAUAUAUAGGUCUGGCCUUAAUAAUAUGCUUUUAAAACAGGUCAAUUCAGAUUGUUUUUUUGCGUGAAAGAAAUUGGACAUGCUGAUCUAGUUGGUUGACACACAAUAUACAAAUUUCGGACUUUAUUAAUGGUCUGCUUCUGUGCUAUGUGCAGGACACUGUUUUGUUUUUAAUCACCGCUCACCAGUGAUGUGAAAUAUGUUCAUUUCUUUUAGACAUUUUUGCUCAAAGUUACAUCUCCGAUAUUUAUCAAUAAUCAACAGUUAACGAUUAUCGAUCUCUGUGAUCUAUGUCAACAGCCACUCUAUAGAGAUGUCAAUACUGAUUAUCUUAUAAGAAAGUUAAUUCGAGUCAACCUUGUAUGGAGGUGUCAAGUGAUCUGCGGGUUGAGAGGUUACAUAAAGAAAAGGUCUGUUUUUAAUAAGAUUGGGUCAACAGACCUAUUCGGUGCCAAAUUCUUAACUUGUUGAUGUAUGGUUGUACAAAUGAGCCCCAGUCUUUUAAUCAUAAUAACACAAUGAACUGUUAUAUACCAGCUGGUCUGUUGUUAUCAACCUACACAGUUUUAAACACGUUUUGUUUCCACUGUUACCUGUUUUUACCCAUUUUAACCCAUUUUUACACUUUCAGGGUUUACCAGUUGGUAAAUGUGGGCUGUUUGAUUAGAUCUUUGCAUAAUUUGUCUGUUUCAUGUGGAUGAGUUUUGAGAUGUCAGUCUUCUUUCUGAAUGUGAAUAGUCAUUUCAAGAAGACUUUCUGCUGAACAGGACGUCCAUACAAGAUAUCUUUGGGGACGAAUAUCUGUGAUGAUUUAGAUUAUGUACUUUCAUGAAAUACAUUGAGAAAGUAAUCAGCAAGCCUCCUCUCCUCUCCUCUCCUCCUCUCCUCUCCUCUCCUCUCCUCCUCUUCCCCUCCCCUCCUCUCUGCACCCCUUUCUUCCUCCCUCCCUUCCUCUCCUAGCCACACCCCUUGCUUCCCCUCCACACCCUCUCCUUGCCUCCACACCCCUUUCCUCCUCCCUCCUUCCUCUCCUAGCCACACCCCUUGCUUCCCCUCCAACCCCUCCCUUCAUCUCUUCCCCUCCCUCCUCUCCACACCCCUUUCUUCCUCUCCUAGCCACACCCUUUGCUUCCCUCCACGCCCCUCUCCUCUCCUCUCCACCCCUUUCCUCCUCUCCUAGCCACACCCCUUGCUUCCCUCCAACCCCUCUCUUCAUCUCUUCCCUCCCCUCCCUCCUCUCCACACCCCUUUCUUCCUCUCCUAGCCACACCCUUUGCUUCCCCUCCACACCCCUCUCCUCGCCUCUCUCUCCUUCCCCACCCCUUUCCUCCUCCCUCCCUUCCUCUCCUAGCCACACCCCUUGCCUCCCCUCCACACCCCUUCUCUCCUCUCCUCUUUUCUCCUCUAAAAUUUCUCUCCUCCUGUCUCCCGUAAUAGCACUGCUUUUUUGUUUGCAUUUGUAACUUACUGAAUAUGUUCUUUUCAUAUUCAUGCAAGAUACAGAAAUUAUAUAUACUUCACUUACUUGUACCAAGAAUUUAUAAGUCUCAGUACUGACUCAGAAGGUUUCCCUGAUACAACCUUCCAUGGAGAUGUCUUUAGAUCUUAACGCAGAGAGGUGUCAUAUCAAAGUAAAAUCGAAAGAGCUCCUAUUUGUGAAAUUGCAUGUCACAGAACUCCAAGUUGAAAUCCCCACAUACAUUAUUUGCCAUUGAUCUCCUUUAAUACCGGGCCGGCGGGGUAGCCUAAUGGUUAAAGCGUUGGCUUGUCACGCCGAAGACCCGGGUUCGAAUCCCCACAUGGGCACAAUGUGUGAAGCCCAUUUCUGGUGUUCCCCACUGUGAUGUUGCUGGAAUAUUGCUAAAAGCAGCGUAAAACCAAACUCAGUCAAUCAGUCCUUUAAUACCAAGCUACCUAUAAGUUUUAAUAGGGCACAGUAUUUAGGCUGAAGGUGUACAUGAUAGUCCUCAUUAUGUUGUAUAUAAUGUAUAUUUCCUACAGACAAUAGGGCUAUGUAGGAAGUGGCACUUAUUUUACAGAUCCUCAAAAUAUCAAUUUCCUUUCAAAGUGAACACAUUAUUGCAUGCCUUACAUUAUUUGCUCCAUUAUUUUUAAUCCAGUAGAUACUUGUUUUCAUGGAGUGAUAAAGAAUCUGUCUUUCAGUAUUUAUGUUCCAUUCUUUACUGCAGUCAUAUUACUAGUAUUAGUAUAAUUAUUAUUAUUAUUAUUAUCUUUAUAUCAAAGUGUAUAAAUAUAAUGUUAUUUUCAUUUGUUUGAAAUCAUGUGGAUCACACCAGCUGGCUGUUAUUCAUAGAAAUACUAAACAUUGGGCUCAGUAUUGAGGUGGGGCAUUGUACAUAUGUAGUGGGGGAAGUAAGACAUGUUAUUAUCUGGUCAUUGUACAAGAAAAUCAAACAAGACAGCAAUGACACAUGUUUUCAGUGUUAGGAUAUACUAUUGGUUUAGUCACUUAUCUGUACCCCCUAGCCAAGGGGGGCGGUGGGGUAGCCUAGUGGUUAAAGCAUUGGCUCCUCAUGCCGAAGACCCAGGUUCGAUUCCCCACAUGGGUACAAUGUCUGAAACCCAUUUCUGGUUUCUCUUACAGGGAUAUUGCUAAAAGUGGUGUAAAACCAAACUCACUUAUAGCCAAGGUUUUAGUUCAUUUAGUUUCAUCUCCAUCAUUGUAUCUCUGACAAUGUCUAGUAUUUUGUUUAACAUAUAUCACAAGUUUUCAGGUUUCGAAGGGCUCUCAUUAUGUUGAAUACGGUAGUUACAAUAUACCCAUCCAUUGUUCUCCAUGUGACCACAUUCCUGCAUUCCCCCAUUAAGCAGUGUAUAAUCUCAUUCUAUAGCAGUACACAGUGGUCAUUAAUCCUGGCAGCACUGGGAAUAUUAACUCAUAUUGAUUAGGAAAUAACUGUAAAUGGACAAAAGGUUUUACCGUUUUCAAGUCUGUAGUUUGUAUUACAGACCUGAUCAUACAGAAGCUGUACCGCAACAUAGAUCUAGAACCUUGCUGUAAGGACAAUAGGGGUGUUUGGUAGCCUAGUGAUUAAAGUGUCUGCUCGUCACACCGAACACCAGGGUUUGUUUCCCCACAUCAGUAAAAAGUGUGAAACCCAUUUCUACUGUCCCAGAUAUUGCUGGAAUAUUGCUAAAAGCAGCGUAAAACAAUUUGUGGCCCUAUUCAUCUUUCUGAAGGCAGCUGAUAAUAUAUAGUCAUAAUGCAUAGCCAUGGUACUAAGUUGCCAUGGUUACACAUUGCAUUGGUUUUCAUUUUUUGACCUGUUGGGAAUAUUGUGUCAAAUAAGCUGAAUUACAUGUUCACAUCAGUCCCAAAGGGUAUUCAUACAAUAUUGGUGGAUAUAGAUCUGGGAGCCGUUGUACAAAACAAUCUUAGCACUAAGACUACUUCAAGUCUAUGUUAUGGUAUGGGAGUUUCGGUCACCUUAGCACUAAGAUCGCUUUGCACAACUGCACCCAGAUCUCCUUAAGUUUUAACAUUAGAUAACCCACAAUUGUAACUACGGACAAAACUGAGUCUCCAGCACUGAAGAUAUCAACCUUAGUACUAUUCUGAUUGGUCAGUCGUGGGAUUCACAUCACAGUGAAACUCUGCUUAUAACAGCCAAUGCGGAGGCUAACUCACUCCCAGUGGAAGAAGGUUUUUACACUUGAAAGGCUUUUUGACUGGUUCUUAUUGGUCUUUUGUAUCAGUGUCAUUUGAAUCUGAGGAGAUUGUGUUUCUGUUUUUAUGAUAGAAUAAUUUGCUGCUUUCCAAACUUUAGGAAUUCAUUUCUCUCUCUUCUACUUACGAUAAGGGGUGGUGGGGUUGCCUAGCAGUCAAAGCGUUCGCCAUUGUCACGCCCGAAGACCCAGGUUCGAUUCCCACAUGGGUACAAUGUGUUAAGCCCAUUUCUGGCAUCCCCGAUGUGAUAUUGCUGGAUAAUGGCUAAAAGCGGUGUAAAACCACACUCUCUUUCUUUAUGAAGACAAUCCAGGUUGUUACAAACAGUAUCAUAAUACGCUUUAAUGUCAUUUGCAGAUAUAUUUUUUUGCAGAUUUAAGGAAUUAGUGAAUGUAAAUAUUUGUAAGAAAUUCUAUGUAUUUAUUUAUGUACAUCCAUUCAUUCAUAUAUAUUUUCUAAUUGGUGACAUACCGGCUCAGCAGAACUUAAGUUAGUGAAAAGAUGCUGGUAUGUUAUUGUAUUUUCCAUCAGGAGCAUUGUUGUAGGAAAGUAGCAUUCCAACAACACUAGUAGUUCUGUAUACACAACCGUCCUGUAACCAUGCACAUGGUAGUAUGUGCUCGGAUAUGUGUUAUAUGUUCUGGGUUUCUGGAGAUUCUGUAGCUAAUUCCUGCCUCCCUUUCAUGUUCUUCCCAGAAAAUGGUUAGCGUCAUGGUUAAAGCGUUCAUUACACAGAAGCCAUGGGUUUGAUUCCCCACAUGGAUACAAUGUUUGAUGCCAAUUGGAUGUAGGUACCACCAAGAAAAGUCAUGAGUACAUAAAAUACAUGUAUUUCGUGUACCGGUUUUAGUCUUGUUGAGCACCUACUGUGGGAAAAUGUGAGGGGGGGGAAAUUGUCCAAGGCCUGUUAAUUAUUAUUCUCAGUUGGUGUAAGAACAUUUAACAUUGUAUUUAAUAUAUUCAUGAUAUUUGUGUCCUCAAAAAGUGUAAAGAAUUCAGAGUUUUUAAAGUUUUCAACCAAAUAUUUUGAUGUACAUGAAGGUGAAUGAUUUAUGGACUGCUGGUAUGAAAAAUGUCAAAUACUGCAAUGUGUGCUGAAAUAAUGCUUGUAAAAUCAGCUCUUACUUUUAGUACUUAUUUGAUCCAUUGAAACAAAAUGUUUCCAAGGAUGCCAUUGUUAGCAGUAUGGAGUUCUACACCAUGAACUGUGGCACCUAUUACACCAUGGCAACAUGUCAUCCCCUAUUGGAAUGUGAAGGGUAGGCAGUAAAUGCACCAAUUCAUAAUUUUGUGCCAUUAUAGGGAAAAGUUCAAACUGAAAGUUUACCAUAGGCAUUAUCUUAUAUUUGGUGAGACGAAGUCCAGUGCUUCAUUUCACUAGUGAAAAGUAUGCAUAUUUUCAUUUUAUAGAAAUAAAAUGUCAAGAAAUA